AUGCAAAGUAUAAGAUUGGUGAAUAUGCAAAGUUUUGUGGUGUUUGUAUUUUUGCUCCCUAGUUUCUCCAUCCAUAGCCAUGGAAUUAGCUCCCACGAAUCCUUCCCAAGUCCCUACCGUUUAUCCUCAACCUUCUCCACCUUCCACUUCCGGAGUCGUCGUCGUCCCUGCGGUUGAAGUUCCACCUCCUCGACCUCCUCCACCUCCUCUACCUUCUCCACCUCCUCGACCUCCUCGACCUCCUCCACCUCCUCCACCUCCUCCGCCACUUCCUCCACCCCAAUCUCUGCCGGAUUUGAACACUUCUCUCUCGCCUCAUCCUUCACCACUUUCAGAGGAAAGCAGAUCCUCAUCGGUGUCGACGGUGGUCAUUAUGACUUCAAUUACAAUAACUGCCUUCAUACUUCUACUUGUUGCGGGAUGUUGUUUCCUGCGACGAAGAGCAAAGAAGGAAUAUACUACUGCAAAGCAAGAUACUGAUGCUAGUGAGUUGACCACUAUGGAAUCUCUACAAUAUCAUUUCAAUACAAUCGAUGCCGCUACUAACAAUUUCUCAGCCCACAACAAAUUGGGUGAAGGAGGAUUUGGCGUAGUCUACAAGGGCAGGCUUAAUAAUGGACAAGAGAUAGCAGUAAAAAGAUUAUCAAGAACAUCUUUGCAAGGUUCUGAAGAGUUCAAGAAUGAAGUCAUGGUUGUUGCUAAACUUCAACAUAGAAAUCUAGUAAGGCUAUUGGGAUUUUGCUUGGAGGGUGAAGAAAAGAUACUCGUCUAUGAAUACAUUCCCAACAAAAGCCUUGACUAUUUCCUCUUUGACUUCAAGAGGCAAAGAGAAUUGAAUUGGUUGAGCCGAUAUAAGAUCAUUAAUGGCAUUGCACGUGGAAUUUUAUAUCUACAUGAAGAUUCUCGACUUAGAAUUAUUCAUCGUGAUCUUAAAGCUAGUAAUAUCUUGUUAGAUGAGAAUAUGUAUCCAAAAAUUUCAGAUUUUGGAAUGGCAAGAAUUAUUCAAGUGAAUCAAAAUCAAGUAAAUAGUACAAAUCGAAUUGUUGGUACCUAUGGUUACAUGUCUCCUGAAUAUGCAAUGCAUGGAAACUUCUCUACGAAAUCUGAUGUGUAUAGUUUUGGAGUCUUGAUCUUGGAGAUAAUAAGCGGCAAGAGAAACAGCAGGUUUUAUCUAACAAAGCUUGCUGAAGACAUCUUAACUUACGCUUGGAAACUAUGGAAGGACGAGAUGCCAUUAGAAUUAUUAGACGCAAGUCUAGAAGAUAGCUACUCAAAAAAUGAGGUGCUUAGAUGCAUUCAUAUCGCUUUAUUAUGCGUGCAAGAUGAUCCAAGUCGUAGACCUUCUAUGGCAUCUAUUGUUGUUAUGCUCAACAGUGACUGGGUUCCUUUGCCUUUGCCCGAAGAGCCAACAAUCUUCAUGCACAGUACAGACAAUGCAAUUGUAAUCAAUAGCGAUCAACUUGCCACCAACAUUUUCAUAUCAUCAACCAAUGAAAUAUCUAUAACUGAGUUGCAACCAAGGUGAAGAAAUUAUUGAACUCAUUCUUGUUCUGUAUCAUCCAUUUGGUUUUUAAAUAUUUUGUGCGCAUUGGUUCUCUCUUGGGAAAAUUCUAUUUUUAUGUAUUAUAUAUUUUUCA